AUGGACGACGAUAACGACGAUGUUGUUCAGCCUACAAAGGAGACGUUUGAUCGCGUGCUACGUGAAAGAUAUCCAUUAUGGUCGAGUUAUGUCGACCUGGAAGGCCCUAGUUCUCUCUCAAUCCAAUGUAUUGAUCUCAAACACAUACUGGGCCAAACGCCAUCAUUCCUUGGACAUGGGUUGAUUCCUGAAACUGAGUCGGCCCCGUUCAAGUGCACCGAGAGCUCAGGUGCUCUUUAUGUCAAUGGUCAUUCGACUUGGAAGACUUCCAAUGGGGACUGCCAGUUGGGGCCCAAAGAAAUACACCGUACGCGUCUACUUGCGACUCAAGCUGCGAUGAAUGUGGAGCUCUCAGAUUCUGCUCCAUUCGCAGAAUGGCCUGGCGUUCAAGGUCUCGAGGAGUACGACGAGGGUAACUACAUUGCAGUAUUGGUUCUUGCUUGGGCUUAUAUACUGAGUGCUCGAUGGUCUGAAUUGUUGAGUAAAUCUCCGGAGCACCGGUGUAUGAUUACCUUGAGGAAAGAGACUCCCCGAUGCGAGGACCCACUUUCACAUAGCAGGAUUGAAGUAGACAUCGGAGAUGAUGCCAGCGACGAUGAAGUGCAUUGGUGGAAUGCCAUUCUGUCAGCCUAUGAAGGAUAG